GGUGGAGGCGUUCCUCCUUUGUUUUGUUUUUUAAAAAGCUGGCAACUAUUUUAUCGCUGUAACUGUCUGCCUGUCAGUUUAUACCCAGAAACAAUAUCCAGUUGCUGGUUUUAUAGACAAAGCUUUAAAAAGCCUUGGUGGUAAAUAGGCAGGGAAUGGCGCCAACUCUGGAUCACAAAAAUGUGGGGAAAACUCCUGUGUGGAAGCUCCGUUGCCUCUGGAUUGGGUCUGCAAAAAGCCACAAGGGGAGACCACGCCAGUCUUUCCCCCUGCUCCCCCAGCCCCCCCCCCCAUUUUGUUCUCAUUCUCUUCCGUUCUUGUCAGCUUCCUGUUGUUUGGGGGCUCUUUUUCUCUCCUCUGCUGCAUAUUCAUGGGGAGGAGCUCUUCCUUCAAGGCCUUGCAGAGUAUUAAAUGCAGUUGCUGGAUCUUUGAGGUCUGCCUCCGGCAAGUGCCUAGAUCUGAGAUCUGGUCCACAUGUCUAGGAGGGAGGUUCUCACGAAGAGUAACGUGGUGGAGCGGACGGGGAAAACAUCAGGGCCUUUGUAUUGUCAAAGAAUUUCACAGCCAGUAUCACUGGGGUGUUGUGGGGUUUCCAGGCUGUAUGGCCAUGUUCUAGUAGCAUUUUUUCCUGACGUUUCGCCUGCGUCUGUGGCUGGCAUCUUCAGAGAACCUGAUGGUAGUAAAUGGCCUAUUUACUGUUUUUUCCAUUUGUGGAUUCAAGGGAGCUUCACCGGAGACUGCGGAUGGAAGAAUGCAUUUUUCUCUGAGUUAGAAUUUCCCUGCCACAGAAAUGCAUCAUGACCAGUCCAGGCAGGAACUAUUUCCUUGGAUGGCUAGUUUUCUGUGUGCGGGGAGAUAGUCACUCCUCGCUGGCAUUUGUCACCUGCAACUUUAUGUCAAGCAGUCUGUCCCAUCCCCUCAUGAUACUGCCUGCCCCAAACCAGCAUAGCUGCCUAAAUGUGUGGGGCAGGCUAGGGAGUCUUGGCUUCCAUCAGCAGGGGGAGGGUGUGGGUUGGCUUCAGGCAGGGUCAGGAACUCUUUGCCCUGGAAUGGAUUUGCAGAGGUUGGAAGGAAAUGAUUCGAGGAUGAAUGAAUGAAUGUGGGACCGCCCCCCAAAACAGUGACUCAGUGGGAGGAAGAUGAUGGGUCAAACACUCUGGAGCCUUCCUCGAUCAAACGUAGCCCCUUCAGUUGUGUCCCGAAGCCAUUAUGGAGAGAGGAUAAUUCAAAGAACUGGCACAGGAAACGUGUUUGUAGUGCAAAAAAGGAACUCCCCACCCCUUUUAUUUCUCACCCUCCCAGGCAAGAGUGAAAAGACAUACUUGAUGCCUUCUCUGCCAUCUCCUGUGCUUGGCGAAAGGAAGAGAGCCACCAUGCAGCCAACUCAGGGUGGGGUGUCCUUUGAAGAGGUGGCCGUGCUUUUCACCAAAGAGGAAUGGGCCCUCCUGCAGCCCACCCAAAGGGCGUUGUACAAGGAAGUCAUGCUGGAGAACUUUUGGAAUGUGUCUUCUCUGGGUCCUCUGAUUGCGAAGCCUGAGCUCAUAUCCCAGCUUGAAGAGGAAGAAGAGGUGUUUCUUGGGAUCUUUGAUGAAGAGAAGGAGCUGGCAGCGUGCGAUCCAGCAAAUGAAAUGAAAGAGCAUGGUGUGAAUGAAAAAGGAGUGACAUAUUCAGAUGGAAAAGACAUCACUGAAUAUUUUGGUGCCCUGAAAAAGAAUGAAAGAAAACAACCAAUUCAAGGAAGAAGUAAUUCUGGUCCUUUCCAGGAUGAGGAUUCGCAAAAAACUGAAUUAUUUGAUAAAAUUUAUGAAAAGUACAAUAUGAAUGAGGACGCUGCAACUGGGAAAAGGCUUUCUGAAAAAUCAGAUAAAAAUGUUAAUUGCAGUGACCGGACCAGAAUGAAAAUAUUUGAAUCCUUGAAAUGUGCGAAGAGAUUUAUGGAGAAAAAAAAGAUAACUUCUCAUAAAAAAAUUCACGUUGUGGACACCAACUGUCAAUACUCGGAUGGUGGGAAAAGCUUCAGCAACAAUGGAAGCCUUAUUUCCCAUCAAAUUUCCACAGGGCAGAAGCCAUAUAAAUGCCUGGAGCGUGGAGUAGCCUUCAAGCACAGUGGCAGCCUCACUUCCCAUCAAAAAAUUCACAUAAGGGAGAAACCAUAUAAAUGCCUGGAGUGUGGAAAAGCGUUCAGUCAAGGAGCACAACUUUCUUCCCAUCAAAGAAUUCACACAGGGGAGAAACCAUAUCAAUGCCAGGAGUGUGGAAAAGCCUUCAGGUACCGUGGAAAUCUUACUUCCCAUCAGAGAAAUCAUACAGGGGAGAAAUCAUAUCAAUGCCAGGAGUGUGGAAAAGCCUUCAGUCGGAAAAUACAUCUUACUUCCCAUCGAAGAAUUCACACAGGGGAGAAACCAUACAAAUGCCUUGAGUGUGGAAAAGCUUUUAGUCACAUCACAUCUCUUACUUCCCAUCGAAGAAUUCACACAGGGGAGAAACCAUACAAAUGCCUCGAGUGUGGAAAGGCCUUCAGUGACAAGAAAAAUCUUACUUCACAUCAGAGAAUUCACACAGGGGAGAAACCAUACAAAUGUCUCGAGUGUGGAAAGGCCUUCAGUGAGAGGAAAAGUCUUACGUUACAUCGGAGAAUUCACACAGGGGAGAAACCAUACAAAUGCCUGGAGUGUGGAAAAGCGUUCAGUCAAGGAGCACAACUUUCUUCCCAUCGCAGAAUUCACACAGGGGAGAAACCUUAUAAAUGCCUGGAGUGUGGAACAGAGUUCAGUCAGAGUUCAAAUCUUACUUAUCAUCAACGAAUUCACACAGGGGAGAAAUAUCAAUGCCAGGAGUGCGGAAAAGCCUUCAGACAAACAGCACAUCUUACUUCCCAUCGAAGAAUUCACACAGGGGAGAAACCAUACAAAUGCCUCCAGUGUGGAAAAGACUUCAGUCAAAGCAUAGGUCUCACUAGACAUCAGAGAAUUCACACAGGGGAGAAACCAUACAAAUGCCUCGAGUGUAGAAAACACUUCAGUUGGAGAGUACAUCUUACUUCCCAUCGAAGAAUUCACACAGGGGAGAAACCAUACAAAUGCGUGGAGUGUGGAAAAGCCUUCAGUCAAAGCACAUGUCUCACUAGACAUCAGAGAAUUCACACAGGGGAGAAACCAUACAAAUGCGUGGAGUGUGGAAAAGCCUUCAGUCGAAGCACAAGUCUCACUACACAUCAGAGAAUUCACACAGGGGAGAAACCAUACAAAUGCCUCGUGUGUGGAAAGGCCUACAGUGGCAAGGAAAGUCUUACUUCCCAUCGGAGAAUUCAUACGGGGAGAAACCAUACAAAGCCUUAAGUAAGAGUGGAAGCCUUACUUCCCAUCACAUAAUUCAUCCAAGGCAGAAACCAUAAAUAUUGCAGGAGUGUGGAGUAACCUUCAGGCACAGUGCACUCCUCACCUUCCAUCAUAGAAUUCACAGAAGGGAAAAAUGAUAUCAUUACCUGGUGUGUGGAAAAAAUUUCAGUGAGAGUGGUCACUAUACUUCUCAUUAGAAAUUCACACAGGGGAGGAACCAUAUCAAUGCCUCAAAUGUAGAAAAGGCUUCUGUCACAAGACAAACCUUACUUCCCAUAAAAGAACGUGUGUAGGGACAUCCCUUCAAAUGUUUUAACAUGACUGUCAUGUCGUCGCUCCCCCCCCCUUACCUUCUCAUUUCCAGACUAACCAUACCCAGCUCCCUAAAUCUUUCCUCAUAAGGCAUGGAUUCUAGAUCUUUUACCAUUUUGGUCCCCCUCCUCUGGACACAUGCCAAUAUUUUUCGUGCACUGUGCUUCCCAGAACUGGACACAGUAUUCCAGGUGAAGUCUGACCAAUGCAGAAUAGAGCGGUAACAUUACUUCCUUGAGAUCCAACCCAUAGUGUGGAUUAAGGAAGGUAUGGAAAGCUUUUAUGCAUUGCCCCCACAUUUCAAUGGAGCUCACAGAGCAGGGCCUCCCUGAUUAAUUCCAUCCUGUUGUGAGCCAGAUCCUUUUGUCACUCCAAAAUGACAAAUCCAUGGGCCACAAGAUCCUUCAAAGCAGAUGAGAACACUAUUAAGUGGCUGAUGAUUGGCCCUGAGUGGAGGAGGUAAUUCUUUGUGACACCUACUGGAAAAUACAACUCCAAAUCCUCCAGCGAGCAUUAACCAUUUGGAAUUGAAGUAAAGCAUGACAAAGACUCCUGCUUGGUUGAAAGCAGAUCUCUGGGAAGAUGAUUGAACAAUGAUCUCUGCGGGAGGAAGCGACACAAAUCAAAGUCUUGGAGGUGCCCUUCCAGAGGUGUAGGAAGAUUGGAAGAUCCAGAGCAUUGGCAUCCGUGUUGGUGCUGCUAUUAGAUUGUUAUUCUGUGCAUUCUGCAUUUACAAACCUCUGUUUACACAACAGACCCAAAAGUAUGCCCUGGGAAGGGAGGGAAUGCUUACUACUAACUAGAGAGGUCCAGGGAUGGAUCACAAACCUUGCCAGCUGCCCUGGAGGCCAGACCAGCCUCUUAAUUGUAGCUGUGGGGGUGGACAGCAUGGUGUGGAAAGGGUGCUCAGCGUGCACUCAGAGAUGCUCCUCGCAGGCAGAUAUUAUUGCUAUGGCUGUCUUUCAGUUCAAGGUUCCAUCGCUUGUCUAUCAUAUCACCCUCAUCAACUCCUGCCUCUGAUGAGGGAUUCCCUCUUCUUUCAUGCCCCCCCCCCCCCCAGGAGGGAGCCUGUCUCCUAAUAUGAUACCCUCUGUAAUACAUGCAGGGACCACCUGACUUAGGGAGUGGAAGAUCUCCCAGAAUUACAGCUGAACUCCAGAUGGCAGAUAUGAGUUUCCCUGAAAAGCUUGGAUUUGUACCCCGCUUUUCUCAACGAUAAGGAGUCUCAAAGUGGCUUGCAAACUCCUUCCGUUCCUCUUCCCACAACAGGCACCUUGUGAGGUGGUUGGACUGAGAGAGUUGUGACUAGGUCAAGGUCACCCAGCAGGCUUCAUGUGGAGGAGUGGAGAGUCAAACCCAGUUCUCCAGAUUAGAGACCACACUGGCUCAAUGGCAAGGCAUUCUAUCUCACGGAGGUUUCUCCCCUCCCCAAACCCUGCUGAUCUCCGGUGCCGUGCCUGAAUCUCCAGGAAUUUUCCACCUCAGAGUUGGCAACCCUCGUUCCCACAGAUUCAUCUGCUGAAAUCAGUAUAGUGGGGAAGAACAGAAAACCGUAAUCUGGAGAACUGGGUUUGACUCCCCACUCCUCCUAUGAGCAGCAGACUCUCCUGGUGAACUGGGUUUGUUUCCCCACUCCUACUGGCUGAACUCGGGCAGUCACAGUCUACCCUGGGCCAUACACAGUUCUCUCAGAACUCUCUCAACCCCAGCUACCCCACAAGGUGUCUGUGGUGGGGAAAGGAAGGGAAGGAGUUUGUCAGCUGCUGUGAGACUCUUCCUGGCUGAGAAAAGUGGGAUAUAAAUCUAAAUUCGUUUUCAGAUUCUAAUCAGCUUUGUCCUCUUGUCCACGAUGCAGAGGAAAAGUGCUGCUAUUGGUGGGAUGGACCUGCAGGUUCCGGCCUCCUGGACCGGGGGGAUUAGCAGAGCAUCUAUUUGUGAAUAGCUCUUAUUUCUGAGGCUAUAGUCCAUGGCAGCAUGUGCAAAACUGCAGCAUUAAACAUGCAAUAAAAUAUCUGUAACCAAUAGGGAGAAAUCAGACAUUGUUAAAAUAAUUAAACAGGUGGGCUAGUAGGUGCAUCAAGAGUGUUAUCAUGACCCCCCCCCCCCCCCCCGUGUUAAUGUUUUAAUUUCGAAUAGUUUUUAACAUCCCAAUUUUACCAAGUUCAUUUUAGGUUUUAUGGGAGUAUUUUAGUGACUUUUAAACGGUUUGAUAUUUUGCUGAAUGUUAUUGUAUUCAGUUUGAUUGUUCUUGGUUUUAUUCUUGUUGUAUUGGAUUGCAUUUUGUAAGCCACCUUGAAUAUGGCUAUAGAAAGGCAAGGUAUAAAUACUUUUAAUUAAAAAAAUAACGAAUUAAAAAAAUGGAGGUAUAAGUAAUGAAUGGAAA